AUGCUCGUAAAUAUCUUGUACGCUGGCCUCCUGGCUUUAUGCCAAGUAGCCCGCGGCCAAUAUUGUCCUCCAGGCUCCGACUAUGUUGAUGGGCUCGACGAGUGCGUGCUGUUCAAUGAUGUUGCGAUCGGCUGGGACGGCGCGGAGCACAUUUGCAACGAGUACCACGGUCACUUGGUAUCGCUAAAAAGUGCCUUUGAAAUCUCGGUCGUGUCCAGCUAUGCGAUGCGAGACCUAAAGGGGGGCCAGGCGUACAUCGGACUCUUCCGGAACGCCACGAAUAAGGAUUGGACGUGGGCCGACACUUAUUCGGUCAACUACUUCAAGUGGGCAUCGGGCCAACCCGGCACCGCGAAUUGCGUGGUGCUCGACGUGGCCGAGAUGGCGUGGCGUACGGUGGAUUGCAGCGUCGCGUAUCCGUUUAUCUGCACUUUUUCAAAAUACGCUAUUACGACACCGUGGACGACUACUGGCAAGGAUAUGAGCACCUGUCCCUCCGGCUGGCACCUGAAUAACGACACGAAGAUGUGCUACGGUGUCGGCUACGAUAAGACGUACAACGACGCGGAGAAAUUCUGCAACUCUUUCAAUGGCCAUUUGGCGUCGGUGCAUAGCGAUGCCGAGAAUGACUUCAUCAAAGACCUGACUUACGAUGACUCCUGUGAACGGUCGGAAAACAACUAUAUUCGCGGGACGACGAUUCUGGGCGGACAAAUCGAUGUGAAAACGAACAAAGUGGAGUGGUGGGCCGACAACUCGACUACAGACUACACCAAAGAACUGUGCGGGUCGGCGGGCAGCGGUCCGAAUGGGAACACGAUUUUGAUGUCCAGCUACCCGGAGACGUGCUACUUCUGUGCCAAUGGAAAAUGGUCGACCAAUCCGUUCGAGCGAGACCAAGAGGUGUUCCCGACGUUCGUCUGCAAGACCGCCGCUAAUUUGGGCGAGUACAAGUGGGUAUUCUUCGGCUGUUCCCUCUCCAACUGUAUUCUGUCCACCGGCCUUUUGAUGGUGAUGCCAAACGUGCUCAAACACAACUCGGCCUACGAGUACUCGCUGGUGACGACGGCCAACCCGUUGAUGACGUUCGUGUCGGAUGACACGUGUUCCGUCGUGUUCAACGCCGUUUAUUUGAGGCAGACGCAGGCAAAUUUGUUGUCGAUUUGCAUCGUGCCGCUCAAUCGAUUCGUGCACGUCGUCUGGAAGCAGAAACGAUUUUCAGGAAAGGCAUGGGUGUUGAUAGUGGUGGGCAUUCUUUUAAGAGUGGCGCUGGUGAUCACUGAACUCCUCGAGCUCGUCGUUCACGUCUUCAGGCUCGACUACGCCAACUCGAACUCCCUAUGCUCGUUGAGCGCGAAUUUUGUGCAAAUUGGCGAUUGGAUCUCGACAUUAAGCCUGCUGAGCUAUCCGGUGUUUUGCGUGAUCAAGCUGCUGCUCUUCGUCCGCUCGAGUCAGAGCUCCAUCCGAGGCUCCGUCUCUCAGCAAGUCAUCCAGAGGCAAAGAAGCAUCCUCCUUGCCAUCAUCAUUCAAUCACUAGCCCCGCUGCUCACCUACCUGCCGCUCUUCUCGCUGACGUUGAUCGUCGACAGCCCGAGUAUGGAGAAACCGGGCCGCGGCUGGGCGACGAUGAACAUCGUCCACUACGCCAUGUCAUGGAGCCCAACGAUUGACGCCGUGGCCACAAUAUGCUGCCUCAAAUCCUAUCGGCGCGCCUUCCUGAACUGCUUCUCCCUGUUUCGGCGGCGCUCGAACAAGACGUCGGAUGGCGGGAACAUCGGGGCGAAUAGUCAGGCGUCUCCCUCAAUGCUGAAACGCGGGGUCAGUCCUAUGCCGGCAGAGCGUCCGCGGACGGCCAGCGAGUUGGCACAGGAAGCCCGACGCGAAGAUAGCUAUCAUCUGGAUACCCGGGAAAACAGCGCUCGUGGACCUCGCACCCUGUCCGCCCAGAACUUGACGGAAGUGGCGGUG